UCCGUGACCCUGGCGAGUCCUUCUCGGCCAGCAGGGAGGAGUCUUGCUUGCGGAGUUUAGAGCGGACGUUAGGCAUGGUGUGGGGGAGCGACAAUAAGGCGCUGGGCGGCGGGGACCCCGAGAAGGAAGAUGAAGGAGAGGAGGAGCAAGAAUUGGUGGACCCCCUGACCACUGUGAGGGAGCACUGUGAGCAGAUAGAGAAAUGCGUGAAGGCCCGUGAGCGGCUAGAGAUGUGCACGGACCGAGUGUCUUCGCACCCUGACACUGAGGAGGACUGCACUGAGGAGCUCUUGGACUUCUUGCAUGCCCGUGACCACUGCGUUGCUCACACACUCUUUGAAAGCGUGAAAUAAAUGUGUGCGGCCGUGCCAGCUGCUCCAGGCUCUGCUUGGGGGGCGUCUCAGCAGCAUCGUUUCCCGUCAUGUCACCUUGGAUCUCACACACUGUCGUACCGUGUGUCCUGUUAUUCUGCAUGAGGCCUUGUGGCUCGGGCUUGGCCCUGGAGUCCGUGUGACCCACAACAGCUCCAUUGGAAUAAAACCCAGUCAUCUGUG